AUGGCAUAAAGGAACCCAGAAGCAAGAAGCGAAAGUUAGAACCAGGUCAGCAAAAAGUAAUUGGUGGCCAAAAAGAAUCGAGAGGCAAGAGGCGAAAGUUGGAAAGAGAUUUCUCUAAACUUUCCCUGAACAAGGCAAAUCAGAAAAGGGCCAGAAUAGACAGGAAAAGGAAAAAGAGAAAGGACAGAAUUUCCCAGACCCCUGAGCCCUCUGAGGACAUGCCUGAUUGUAGUGGUUGGGACACCGAUAUCAUAGUCUCUAGUGACUCGGACAACACAGCAGAUGACUUUAACCCACCUUUUCCCCCCUUGACACGACAGAAUGCAAUGGCUUUUGGGGAUCCCUUAUACAAGGCUAUAACAGAAAAUCCACAGUAG